ACUUUCAUGGCAUAUUUUUCAUUGCAGGUCACUCCAGCUCCUUAAUAAAAAAGAAAAAACAACUGAUAGAAAGAAUGGAGGAACUGAAGCCAAGUGCUGCAAACUCUUCACCUCUCACCCCACUCGGUUUCUUGGACAGAGCAGCAACUGUUUACGGCGACACACCUUCCGUUAUCCAUGACGCCGUUACCUUCACCUGGUCCCAAACUCGCCGUCGCUGCCUCCAGCUCGCCUCUGCUCUCUCCUCCCUUAAAAUCUACCGCGGCGACGUCGUCUCCGUCGUGGCACCAAACAUACCCGCAACCUACGAGCUCCACUUCGCCGUCCCCUUCGCCGGCGCAAUCCUCAAUAUCAUCAACACACGCCUACGCGCCAGAACCCUCUCCGCUGUCCUCCGUCACGCCGAGUCCAAGCUCGUCUUUGUGGACAUAGCCUCACGUGAUGUCGUCCUCGAAGCUCUCUCUUUGUUCCCCGAAAAUAAUCCCCACCGUCCGAUCCUCAUCCUUAUAGAGGACGAUGAGGUCGAGCACCUAACUCCAUCAUCCACCGUUCAUUUCGAAGACACGUACGAAGGCUUAAUCUCCAACGACAUUGGAAUAUAUUUUAAAAGAAGUGUUAGAGAAACAAUGAUUAUCUUAAAUAAUAUGAAGAAUUAUCAAUCAAAUAUAAAUACACUACAUCCUAAUUUAAUGUUACUCGUUAAAUUUAUUUUUUUAACUCUCUUAAUUCUAUUAUUUACGUAUUGUUUAAGAAUGUUAUUACUUAUCUAUAUUUUUUCAUAUUUUAAUUUCAAUUUUCUCCAAUGGAAUACCAUACUUCCACGACCUUUUGUUUUUUCGGAUAAGCUAUACUUUCAUGGCAUAUUUUUCAAUGCAGGUCACUCCAGCUCCUUAAUAAAAAAGAAAAAACAACUGAUAGAAAGAAUGGAGGAACUGAAGCCAAGUGCUGCAAACUCUUCACCUCUCACCCCACUCGGUUUCUUGGACAGAGCAGCAACUGUUUACGGCGACACACCUUCCGUUAUCCAUGACGCCGUUACCUUCACCUGGUCCCAAACUCGCCGUCGCUGCCUCCAGCUCGCCUCUGCUCUCUCCUCCCUUAAAAUCUACCGCGGCGACGUCGUCUCCGUCGUGGCACCAAACAUACCCGCAACCUACGAGCUCCACUUCGCCGUCCCCUUCGCCGGCGCAAUCCUCAAUAUCAUCAACACACGCCUACGCGCCAGAACCCUCUCCGCUGUCCUCCGUCACGCCGAGUCCAAGCUCGUCUUUGUGGACAUAGCCUCACGUGAUGUCGUCCUCGAAGCUCUCUCUUUGUUCCCCGAAAAUAAUCCCCACCGUCCGAUCCUCAUCCUUAUAGAGGACGAUGAGGUCGAGCACCUAACUCCAUCAUCCACCGUUCAUUUCGAAGACACGUAUGAAGGCUUAAUCUCCAAGGGAGAUCCGAAUUUCAAGUGGUUAUACCCUAACAGCGAGUGGGACCCGUUGAGACUAAACUACACCUCCGGAACGACGUCGUCUUCACCCCAAGGAGUAGUUCACUCCCACAGAGGAACCUUUGUUAUCACCGUUGACUCCUUGAUGGAUUGGGAGGUUCCGAAACAAGCGGUCUUUCUCUGGACCUUAGCGAUGUUCCACGUUAACGGAUGGUGCUUCCCGUGGGGGAUCGCUGCCGUUGGAGGGACGAACAUCUGCGUCCGCAAAUUCGACGCGCCGAUCGUGUUUUCUCUCAUCACGAGCCACCGCGUGACUCACAUGUGUGCCUCGCCGGUGCUGCUUAACAUGCUAACAAACACUCCCGACAACAAGCCGUUGGAGAAUCCCGUCCACAUUCUCACCGCCGGAGCGCCGCCUCCUCCGGCGGUGAUCCAGCGAACGGAGUCUUUAGGAUUCAUAGUCAGCCACGGGUACGGCCUGACCGAGACUGGAGGAGUGGUCGUGUCGUGCGCGUGGAAGAGAAAGUGGAACCGUUUUCCGGCGGCGGAGAGGGCGAGGUUGAAAGCGCGGCAGGGAGUAAGAACAUGCCUAAUGACGGAAGUGGACGUGGUUACAAGCGCGGGAGAGAGCGUGAAGCACGACGGGGUAACGCUGGGUGAGGUAGUUAUCCGCGGAAGCUGCGUGAUGCUUGGAUACCUUAAGGACCCCGAAAGAACAAAAAACCGUUUGAAAAACGGUUAUUUCUACACUGGCGAUGUUGGUGUGAUCCAUGAAGACGGUUACUUGGAAAUAAAGGAUAGGUUAAGCGACGUUAUAACCACCGGUGGCAAGAAUCUGAGCAGUGUGGAGGUGGAAUCUGUUCUUUACAUGCACCCGGCUGUGAAAGAGGCAGCGGUGGUGGCGAGGCCGGACGAGUACUGUGGUCAGACACCGUGCGCGUUCGUGAGUUUGAAAGAGGGGUUGGUGGUGACAGAGGAGGAGAUAAUUGAGCAUUGCAGGAAGAACAUGGCAACUUAUAUGGUCCCCAAAACGGUGGCGUUUAGGGAGGAGCUUCCAAAGAGUUCCACUGGGAAGAUUAAAAAGACUGUGCUGAGACAAAUUGCGCAAGAAAUGGGAUCCAUCCCAUAUCAAAAUGUGAAUAAUAAUUACUCCAUUUUGUCUUAGACUGGAAUCUUUGUAUUUUGUAAUAAUACAUAUGGAAAGUUGAAAAAUGAAUGAGGGUUAUUUUUACGUGAAA